AUGCAAGCGAUUAAAUGUGUUGUUGUUGGAGACGGCGCAGUGGGUAAAACCUGCCUGCUUAUUAGUUACACUUCCAACGCUUUCCCCGGCGAAUAUAUUCCCACUGUAUUUGACAAUUAUUCAGCCAAUGUUAUGGUGGACAAGAAGCCUAUCAACUUGGCUCUCUGGGAUACCGCGGGUCAGGAAGAUUAUGACAGGUUGCGACCUCUGUCGUAUCCACAGACCGACGUUUUCUUGAUCUGCUUUUCCGUGGUCAGUCCAGCGUCGUUUGAAAACGUGCGGGCCAAGUGGGUACCUGAAGUAAGACAUCAUUGUCCCAAAACUCCCGUCAUUCUCGUUGGAACUAAAUUGGAUCUCCGUGACGAUAGGGAGACGUUGGAAAAACUAAAGGGGCACAAACUGGCUCCCAUCACUUACCCUCAGGGACUGGCUCUCGCUAAGGAGAUCAAUGCCAUCCGCUAUCUGGAAUGCUCCGCCCUCACCCAAACCGGCCUGAAAGCCGUCUUUGAUGAGGCCAUUCGGGCAGUUCUAAUUCCACACACCAAGCUCAACAAACGCAGCUGCAGUCUUGUUUGA